AUGCAUUUAUACCAGAAAAGACUUAAUAAAGAGUUCAAGAGAGCCAAUCAAGUGGAACUACACAACAUUGAGUUUCUCAAAGAAGAACUGGGCUUGACCACGUUCAAGUAUCGGUUGAGAUUUCAAAACCACCAAGUUUACCAAAAUAAUUCCUAUAAAUUAAAUAUUACAAUAACGAAAAAUUACCCAGUUGAUUCUCCAAUAGUUACAUUCCAGGAUUCAAUACCGGUCCACCCCCACAUUUAUUCAAAUGGACACAUUUGUCUCAAUUUGCUUGGAGACGACUGGACUCCUGCUUGUAGUGUUGAGUCAAUUGUGUUGAGUAUACAAAGUAUGUUGGAAAAUAAUCAAUUAAGUGAAUUACCUCCCGACAAUGAUAACUACGUUAAACUGGGAAUUAAAAACCCAAAAAACACUAGUUUCGUUUAUCAUGACGAUAACGUCUAA